AUGCCGAGAAGGGAUGAGUCUCCGUCAUCAUUAGCUCAGGUGCGGCAGGUUCGGGAGCUGGCUGCGACUGGGACCGUGGCCCGGGCCUCAGUUUCCCAGUCUAUAACCCGUGGGAGGGCAUCUCGGAGCUGGCACUCGCCCCCAAAAGGGCUCCGCAGGCCCGGGCUCAGGGCUCAGAAACAGCCUCCUGCUGCCCCUGGAAAAUGGAUAGAGGGACAAGAGGGUGACUGGGCCAAGCUGGGAACCUAUGGAGGAGCUGAGGUUUAUAAUGGGGGCGCCAAGGCUGGAAUCUUCAAGGCGGGGCAGAGGGGUGGUUACUGGAACUGGUGCUCAUACGUGGUGACCCGCACUGUCUCCUGCCAUGUGCAAAAUGGCACCUACCUUCAGCGAGUGCUGCAGAACUGCCCCUGGCCUAUGAGCUGCCCGGGGAGCAGCUACAGAACCGUGGUGAGACCCACAUACAAGGUGAUGUACAAGACAGUGACUGCCCGAGAGUGGAGGUGCUGCCCUGGACACUCGGGGGUGAGCUGCGAGGAAGUUGCAGGCUCCUCCGGCUUCGUGGAGCCCGUGUGGUCGGGCAACACCAUGCGGCGGAUGGCACUUCGGCCCAUGGCCUUCUCAGGUUGUCUCAACUGCAGCAAAGUAUCAGAGCUGACGGAGCGGCUGAAGGUGCUGGAGGCCAAGGUGGCCGUGCUGACUGUCUCAGAGCAGGCAAUGCCUCCAACCCCAGCUACUCCUGAGGACGCUGCCCCGCUCUGGGGCUCCCUGCCUGCCCAGGGCAGCCCCGGAGAUGGAGGCUUCCAGGACCAAGUUGGUGCUCUCGGGCUGCCUGGGCCCAUUGGCCCCAAGGGAGAUGCUGGUAACCGGGGCCCAAUGGGGAUGAGAGGCCCGCCAGGUCCACAGGGUCCCCCAGGGAGCCCCGGCCAGGCUGGAGCUAUGGGCACCCCUGGAGAGAAGGGACCUCCGGGACCACCAGGGCCUCCUGGUCCCCCUGGGCCUCCAGCCCCUGUUGGGCCAUCCCAUGCCCGGAUCUCCCAGCAUGGGGACCCACUGCUGUCCAACACCUUCACUGAGACCAGCAGCCACUGGCCUCAGGGACCCGCUGGGCCCCCAGGUCCCCCAGGACCCAUGGGUCCCCCUGGACCUCCUGGCCCCACAGGUGUCCAUGGGAGUCCUGGGCACAUGGGACCCCCGGGCCCCACCGGACCCAAAGGAAUCUCUGGCCAACCAGGAGAGAAGGGCGAGAGAGGACUGCGUGGGGAACCUGGCCCCCAAGGCUCUGCAGGGGAGCGGGGAGAACCUGGUCCCAAGGGAGACCCUGGUGAGAAGAGCCACUGGGGGGAGGGGUUGCACCAACUACGCGAGGCUUUGAAGAUUUUAGCUGAGAGGGUUUUAAUCUUGGAAACAAUGAUUGGGCUCUAUGAACCGGAGCUGGGGUCCGGGGCAGGCCCUGCCGGCACAGGCACCCCCAGCCUCCUUCGGGGCAAGAGGGGAGGACACACAGCCAACUACCGGAUCGUGGCCCCCAGGAGCCGGAACGAGAGAGGCUGAGGGCGGUGGCAGCCCCUGGGGUGGACCAGGCCGGGUGUCCCUUCCUAGCCUGGACUUGGCCAGCUGCCUCCGGGGACCGCCUGCCUGUAUUUAUUAAUGCCCUCAGGUCCUUUCUGCCAUCUAGGCCGUAGGAGUAGGCAGGUCUUGGUCCUGGCAUCCUGCACUUGUCUGAGGCUGAGCAGGCAUGGGGUCUGAGAGAAACGUGGCAGCCCAGGCAAGAAGUGAGGCCUGGGCCUCAGCUUCCCUCUGUGACAUGGGGUGAUGCAGGCCUUCAGGGAGGGGGUAGAGGUACGACGCUUGUCUUCUCAUCAGCAGCCUCAGCCUCCAGGCCCAGAGGCACUGAGGGAUCAGGAGCUGGAGCUGUCCGGCCCUCAGCACACGCAGGGAUUAAGAGGGCCACAGUCUCCCUCCACCUCCUCCCCAGCCCAACCUUGGGGAGCCUCUCUGUACUCCUCGCUUUCCUGUGCUGGGUUCCCAACCCUGGCUCAGGUUGCCUAAUCUCUGACCGGAUUGCCUCAGUUCUGCCCCUGAGCUCCCAGCCCCUUCCCAGUGUCCCAGGUGGGUUUGGGACAUGGAGAAGCAGGGGUCGCCUGCUGCCACAAGUGCUUCUGACAGACACCGGGAGGAAGAUGUAUACUGGCCAAUAAAGGCCCCUGCCCAAUUCCCACCCA